AUGGUGGUCAUCGACUUUGACAUGGCCGCUACCGGAGGCAAUCCCAAUGCCACGUUUUCCGAUUCGCCCUUCUUCUACGAUCGGUCCGAUGCCAACGGGGCUGGUCAAGCCGUCUACAAAGAUGCCCAUCACGUCCAACCUCACUCCAAUCCGCGCGUCAGCUACUACCAUCCUGCUGGCGUCGGCGACUUUCAUUACGGCGAAAGGCAUCCCAUGAAGCCCGCACGACUCACCUUGACCAACCGUCUCGUGCUUGCAUACGGCCUGCACAAGCAUAUGAGCGUCUUCACGCCACGCGAGGCGACAAAGGAGGAGCUCGAAAUGUUCCACGACAGCGACUAUGUCGACUUUCUCGCCAACGUCACCCCUUCCACUCCACCUUCGGCUGCGUUCACAAAGUUCAACUUUGCCGACGACUGCCCCGUCUUUGACGGCAUGUACGACUUUUGCAAAGCCUACUCGGGCGCUUCCCUUGCAGGUGCCCGAAGACUAGCGGCUGGCGAAACUGAUAUUGCCAUCAACUGGUCCGGUGGCUUGCAUCAUGCCAAGAAAUUUGAAGCCUCUGGGUUCUGUUAUGUCAACGAUAUCGUCUUGGGCAUCAUGGAGCUCCUCAGGUACCAUCCGCGUGUUCUCUACAUUGACAUUGACAUACAUCACGGCGACGGUGUCCAAGAAGCAUUCUACAACUCGAAUCGCGUCAUGACCGUCUCCUUCCACAAGUACGGUAACGACUUUUUCCCCUGCACCGGCAACAUUGACGAGAUCGGCACUGGACUCGGCAAGCACUUUUGUCUCAAUGUGCCGCUGCAAGACGGCAUUGACGAUUCCGGCUACGUCGCUCUGUUCAAAAGCGUGAUGGAACCGUGCAUUACCACCUUCCGUCCCUCCUCAAUCGUUUUACAGUGCGGCGCGGAUUCGCUGGGUCUAGAUCGCCUUGGUUGCUUCAACCUCAGCAUUGCAGCACACGGCGAAUGUGUGCAAUUCAUCAAGUCGUUCGGUCUCCCGCUGCUCGUGCUCGGUGGUGGCGGCUAUACCAUCCGCAACGUCGCUCGCUGUUGGGCGUACGAGACGUCCGUUCUCACAGGUUGCUCUAUCCCCGACACACUUCCCAGCACGCCUUAUAUGGAGUUCUUCGCACCCUCGUAUCGACUGCACGAGCCGACUCAGGCGGGCAGAGUCGAGAACCAAAACUCGAAAGCAAGCCUGGAGAAGAUUCGCGUACAGAUCCUCGAACAGCUGCGCUACCUUCACGGCGCUCCCAGUGUACAGAUGCAGGAGCUGCCGCCUGAUCUAGCAGGUGCUUGGGUCGAGGAAGAGGUCAAGCCCUGA